GCAAUAGUUUGGCAGCCUGGCUGGGAAAUCUGACUAGACUCUAGAGUGUCGGGCUGUCAACUGUAGUGAGUAGUGUUGUAGUUGUAGCGUGAGUCGUGAGAGCACCGGCCACCGAGUAAUCCAAUUUCUUCAGCCGUUUGAAUUUUUCAGUUUUCAAUCCCCGCCCUUCUCCGCCCGCCGAGGGUACACAAACACAGGUUCUACCUCCAUGCCGGUCUCCGGUACCUGCAUUUCUAGGGUUUCGGAUCCCUCUUCUCACCUGUAAAUUUUAGCUCCUGUCUUUCUCCUGGAGGAGCCAGAGGAUAAGUGAGGGCGCCUUCUGAUUUCCUCGUCUCUUUCUCUCACCUCUCGCUACUGAAAAUCAGCGGGAUCGCCUCCUUCCCAAUCUGGCCACAUCUGUCGCUGGUAGAAAUUGAAAUUGCUGCGUUGGUUGACUUGGAAACGAAUUUAGCAAAACUGAUGGAGGCUCUGUAUAAGAAGCUUUAUGAUAAGUUCGUCUCGUUAAAGAAGGAAAAAGCAUCCCCUUUGGAUGAAAUCAACCAAGACCAGGAAGUGAAGUUCUUGAAUUUUGUUUCCGCUGCGGAGGAUCUCAUACAACACUUGAAAGAUGAUAACAGCCAGUUGCGUGCUGAAGUUAGAGAGUUGAAAUUUGAAGUUACAUCAAUCAGGUCCAAGCAGGAUGAGGAACGUGCGGAGCACCAGAAAUUGCUGCUCGAAGAGAGUGAAAAGAGGAAAAUGCUUUCUGAUGAAGUUGAGAGGCUUCAGAAACAGCUCAAUGAAUCUAGUCAUUUAGUAGAUGAGGUAAGCAUACAACUUAAUAAUUCACUGAGGAGAAAUGCUGGAAAAUCUAAUUCAGGAAUAAGAGAUGCGAUGGAUCAGUGUACUCCUACUCCUGGUCCAAGCAACCAGCUGCUUGAGUCUGAUGGCCUGAACAAUAGUGAUCAAAUCACGACACAUGAGGUCUCUAAUGGCUCAAUGAGAAUAAUGACCCGAAAGCGCAGCCGAGAAGCCAAGAAGCAUAUGGAAGCAGGUAUAGCUAUGCAUGGUUCUGAUGGUCAAUCUUCUAAGAGGCGAAGAAAAGAAAAAUCAGCAAGCAAUUCAUCCAAGGUUGCCAGUGGACUUUGCAGUGUUCAGUUGCCAACAUGCUGUAAAACAUCUUUGGAUAAAUCAGGUACUGGUGCGUGCAAUGAUGGGGAUCCUACUAACUGCCGAUUUCAAGCUCUUAUGGAAUACUUGAUUGGCAUGAAACUAUCUGCCGUCCAUCAAACUGAUGGAGUAUGCAUUUCAGCUUUACAUCAAACAAGUGGUUACUCAUUCAGUCUAACAUGGGUAAAGAAUUCAACUGGACGAGAACUGGAGCUUCUAUAUCGAGCAUCAACAUUAGGCACUUUUGAGAGGGUUGCACCAGAGUGGAUGAGGUCAAUGAUAACAUUUAGUAUUAGCAUGUGUCCGAUUUUCUUCGCGAGGGUAUCGCGGGUAAUCAAGCUGCAUCAUCAUUGAUAUUACACUCGCCCCCUCUCUUUUUAUGCCUGGGUUUAUUUCACAUGUAUGGAAUCGUUUGUAUGCAUCCUUAUUGUAGAUAUCAGCCAGUAGAUUGCUCUUCUCCUUUUGCUUCCCUUGCCUUCAGCACUUCUGGUUUUGUAAUUCCGUGGGACAGCAUGCAUGCCUGCAUGGCAAGUGAUAGUGAAGGUUAAGAAAUACAGUUUCUGUCCAAGGGUGAUCUGGAUUCAGAUUUUCUUAUGAAAUGUCUUGUUGGUUUGCUUCAACCAAAAUGUGAUGCUGCUUUUUAUGUCUUUGGACUGGUUCAACUAUGAGAUAAUUAGAGCAGGG